AUGAAACGUAGCAAGUGGAGCUGUUGCUCCACACAACGCUUCAUGAUUUCAUGGACUCUGUUGGCCACGGUAUUGCUGAGUUGUGGGCCACAAUGGGCGACGGGUCAUGGUGCCACUACAUUUAUGCCAGCCUUAGAAUGUUACGAUAAAUACGGUAAACCUCAGAGAUGUAUGCCCGAAUUUAUAAAUGCUGCCUAUCAACUGCAAAUUGAAGCGACAAACACCUGUGGCGAACAAGGCGAUAAUCACUUUUGUGUACAGACCAUGAAUUCAAAUCACAAGAACUGUGAAUUCUGCAGAUGGGAAGAUCACAAUCCAUCGUUCUUAACCGAUUUGCAUGAUCCACAGAAUCCAACGUGGUGGCAGUCUGAGACAAUGUUUGAAGGCAUCCAACAUCCAAAUCAUGUUAACCUUACAUUGAAUUUGCGUAAAUCAUUUGAUAUCACAUAUGUUCGUUUGCUCUUCCGUUCACCACGUCCCGAAUCGUUUGCCAUUUAUAAGCGUACUUGUGAAACCUGUUCCUGGGAGCCGUAUCAAUACUACAGUGCCACAUGCCGUGACACAUAUGCCCUGCCCGAUUAUCGUUCAAUACGCAAGGGCGAGGGUGAGGCACAUGCCUUCUGUACCAGUGAGUACAGUGACAUUUCACCAUUGCGAGAUGGUGAAAUUGCUUUCUCUACGCUGGAGGGUCGUCCCAGCAGUAUACACUUUGAACACAGUGCCGAAUUGCAGGAAUGGGUAACAGCCACUGAUAUUCGCAUUACCCUUGAUCGUCUCAACACCUUCGGUGAUGAACUUUUCGGCGAUGCUCAAGUAUUGAAAUCAUAUUUCUAUGCAAUUUCCGAUAUUGCUGUGGGUGCCCGCUGCAAGUGUAAUGGUCACGCCAGUAAAUGUGUUGAAAGUACCGGUAUGCAUGGUGAACGACGACUGGUUUGCGAGUGUCGACACAACACCGAUGGUCCCGACUGUGAGCGGUGUUUGCCAUUGUACAAUGAUGUCAAAUGGAAGAUGGCCACAUCGACCGAUGUCAAUGAAUGUAAACCUUGUAACUGUAACGGCUAUGCCGAUAAAUGUUUCUUCGAUGCUCACCUGUUCAAUUUAACCGGUCAUGGUGGUCACUGUUUGGAUUGUCGUGAAAAUCGUGAUGGUGCCAAUUGUGAACGCUGUAAGGAGAACUUCUAUAUGCGCGAGGAUAACUAUUGUGUUCACUGUGGCUGUGAUCCGGUCGGUUCCCGAUCCCUGCAAUGUAAUAGCCAAGGCAAAUGUCAGUGUAAACCAGGUGUUACCGGCGACAAGUGUGAUCGUUGUGCUGCCAACUUUUAUCAAUUCAGUGCUCAUGGCUGUCAGCCAUGUGGUUGUGAUCCUCGCGGUUCAUUGGAUAAUACACCAUCAUGUGAUCCCGAAACAGGUGUUUGUCGUUGCAAGGACAACGUGGAGGGUAAACGCUGUAAUGAAUGUAAACCCGGCUUCUUCAAUUUGGAUUUGACAAAUCGUUUUGGUUGUACCCCCUGUUUCUGUUACGGCCACACCUCAGAGUGUCAAACAGCUCCAGGCUAUUCCAUUGUCUCGACCACUUCCAAUUUCAAUAAGCACAAAGAACGUUGGGGUGCUGUGGAUUUGUACAACCACGAAGUCGAUAUCAAAUAUAAUCAAUACAGUCACAGUAUUGGUACAACGGCCCAUGGCAAUGACUAUGUUUACUUUUUGGCGCCCGAUCGUUUCUUGGGUGAUCAGAGAGCUUCGUAUAAUCGUGAUUUGAAAUUCAAAUUACAGCUGGUUGCCCAAAUUGCCCCCGAUGCCAGUGCCAGUGAUGUUAUCUUAGAAGGUGGUGGCACCAAGAUUUCGCUGCCCAUCUUUGCCCAAAACAAUGGCAUGCCCGAUCAAACUAGCAAGGAAUUUGUCUUCCGUCUCAACGAACAUCGUGACUAUCAGUGGCAACCCAGUCAAUCGGCCCGUGGCUUCCUUUCAAUUCUAUCGAACUUGACUGCCAUUAAAAUUCGUGCCACUUACUCGAAACAGGGUGAGGCCAUCCUCGACGACGUCGAAUUGCAAACCGCUCACCGUGGUGCUGCUGGCCAGCCUGCCACUUGGAUUGAACAGUGUACUUGCCCCGAGGGAUACUUAGGUCAAUUCUGUGAAUCUUGUGCUCCUGGUUACCGCCACAGUCCAGCUAGAGGUGGUCCCUUCAUGCCUUGCAUUCCUUGUGAUUGUAAUGGUCACGCCGACAUUUGUGACUCGGAGACGGGUCGUUGUAUUUGUCAACACAAUACCACAGGAGAUAACUGUGAUCAGUGUGCCAAGGGUUAUUAUGGCAAUGCCUUGGGAGGUACCAAAUACGACUGUAAACGCUGUCCAUGUCCCAACGAUGGAGCCUGUAUGCAAAUUAGCGGUGAUACUGUCAUUUGUACCGAAUGUCCCGUGGGUUAUUUCGGCGCCAGAUGCGAGCAAUGUUCAGAUGGGUUCUAUGGCGAUCCGACCGGCUUGAGCGGUGUCGUCCAAACCUGUAAGUCUUGUGACUGUAACGGCAAUGUAGAUCCCAACGCCGUGGGUAAUUGUAAUCGUACCACUGGUGAAUGUCUUAAGUGUAUCCACAACACAGCUGGCAAAUAUUGUGACAAAUGUUUGCCCGGCCAUUUCGGUGACCCUUUGGCCUUGCCUCAUGGUAAAUGUGAUCGUUGUAGCUGUUAUCUCCCUGGUACCGAACAAAACCAAGAUGGUAUUUCCGAAUGUGAUCAGGUCACCGGUCAGUGUCAUUGUAAACCCAAUGUGAUUGGUCGUGAUUGUGGUGAAUGUCAACCUGGUUUCUUCAACAUCAAGUCCGGCAACGGUUGUGAAAAUUGUAUGUGUGAUCCUGUGGGUAGUUACAAUUCAACCUGUGAUCGUGUUACUGGUCAAUGUUUCUGUAAACCCGGUGUUGUGGGUCUUCACUGCGAUCAAUGUGCUGUUUAUCACUAUGGAUUCUCGUCGGAAGGUUGUAAACCAUGCGAAUGUGAUGAAAGUGGUUCGAAAGGCUUCCAGUGUGACCAGAAUGGACAAUGUCCUUGUAAUGACAAUGUUGAGGGUAGACGUUGCGAUCGUUGUAAGGAGAAUAAAUACAAUCGCCACUUGGGUUGUAUUGACUGUCCCGAUUGCUACAACCUUGUUCAGGAUGCUGCCAAUGAACAUCGUGCCAAAUUGUCAAAUCUCAGUUCGACCUUGGAUGAAAUUGCCCGCACGCCUGUAACCAAUGACGGUGAGUUUGAGGCUAAAUUAAAGGCUGUGCAGGAAAAAGUUGAUAUCCUGCUUAUGGAUGCCAAAUAUGGUGUGGGUGAAGGUGGUCGCACAUAUGUCGAAGUUCUGGAUGAUUUACGUAGCCGUUUGGAAAGUGUUAACACACAUUUGGAUAAUGCCGAUACAUUGCAAGAUGCUGCCAAUAUUGAAAUCGACAAGGCCAAGCAAAACCAUACUAAUGUGCAGGACAUCAUUGAGGCGGCCAAGAGUGAUUUGAAGAAUGCCUUGAAUUUACUCAACGACGAAGGUGCCCAGGCCUUAGCUAAGGCUCAAAACAAAUCCGUCGAAUUUGGUGUACAAUCCAAUCAAAUUUCGGAAAUUUCACGUGAAGCUCGUGCUUUGGCUGAUCGCUUGGAAUCUGAGGCACAAUUCGAUUUGAAGAAUGCCAAGGAUGCUAAUGAUGCUGUCGAAAAGGCUUACCUCCUGGCCAAGAAUGCUAUUGAUUUGCAACAAAAGGUCAACGAAGAACUAAGAACCGAAGUGCGUUUGGAAUUGAAUACCGUCAAGCAGACCUUGAACACCGUGGCCCAGAUUACCAAAGAAGCUUUGCGCAAAGCCAAUGAAGUGUACGAUGCUGCUUUGACUUUGUUAACCGAUGUGAAUGGUUUGGUGGCGCCCAAUAUUGACAUAAAGAAAUUGAAAGAGGAAGCAUUGCAGGCUAACAUUUUGGCCGAUGAACUAUUGCGUCAGGUGAAUGAUGUUUCGAAUAGUAAUGGUGAAUUGUUUGGAAAUUUGGAAGAUGAACUGAUUUUAGCGGAGAUUAUGCUUGAAAGAGCCAACCAACAAAAGAUGGAUGACAUUGAUUUGUUGAAGCGGGCCCAGGAUGCCUUUGAAAAGGCAACCAAAGCUGUUGAACAGGGAGACAAUACCUUGAAGGAGGCCAAUAAUACCUACAACACCUUGGCUGGUUUCCAAGCCGAUGUUGAAAAGUCAGCUGCAAAUGCCCAAAUGGCUUUGAAAACGGUUGGCAGUAUUGAACAAGAAAUCCAAAAGGCUGACGAAUUGAUACGCCAAGCUGAAACAGCAUUAGAGGGUGCCAACAAAAAUGCCAAUGAAGCUAAACUGAAUGCCCAGGAAGCUCAGCAGAAGUUUGCCGAACAAGCUUCGAAGGAUGCCGAAUUUAUACGCCGACGUGCCAACGAAACUAAAGUAAAUGCCCGUAAACUGCGAGAUGAAGCCGACCAAUUAAACCAUCGUGUUAAAAUAACCGAAACCGAUAUUGCCCGAUUAGAAGAGUCAUCCAGCAAAGAUGAUAACUUAGUCGAUGAUGCCAAGCGAAAGGUGGGUCAAGCUAAGGCCGACACAGAAGAAGCCAAAAAACAAAUCAAUAAGGCUGUCAAAGAAUUGGAUGAUAUCAAGGAUGAAUUGAUAAAUCUGAAGGAUAUCAAUACAGCUGAUUUGGAUCAAUUGGAAAAACGUUUGGAUGCCGUUGAAGCUGAAGUUACCCGCGCCAACUUAACAGGACGCAUUGAUAAAUUCCGGGAAAUGCGUAACAUCCAAAAGAAAACCAUAGAUAAAUAUGAAAAAGAAAUGCAAGAAUUGGUAGCCGAAGUAACGAAUGUUCGUUUGAUAUCUGAGGCAUUACCGGCUGAAUGUUUCUCAAGAAGUCGAUUGGAGCCAUAA